ACUCGCUUUGUAUCAGUACCCAUGUGUGAGAUUUCUGUCAACAGUUGUUUGGGCUUACCUUGACAACUAGAUAGCUCCAUCUGAGGCUGUGAUGCUUGGGCAUUCUGUGACGGGUGGUACUUUCCAGUUUUAGUCAUGGAUCAUGCCCUUCUCUACUUUAUCAUUACUGAUUCUGAAUGCGUCUUUCACCUCCUUUUUGACUUACUCACUUACGAAUGCUCUGAGCCGGUAAUGUGCAACGUAGUUCCUCAUUAUUUUUGAGGAAUUAUUCGAACAUGUUGAUGUGUAUCUACGUGACGAAGAUACGGUGGCUUUUAUUCGAGAGAGAGAGAGAGAGAGAGAGAGACUGAGGGGCUAGUUCUUUUAUGAGAUGCUCAGUGUCCCCUUUCGGAGUUGCUGUAGUUUUCAAAGAGACAACGAACAACCAACUUACGCUCUGGGGUGAUGUGUCACGCGCUGCAUUACUUCUUGGUUUCCACAACGCAAGCCGAUUCGUAGAAAUGCCGCACACGACAGGAUUUGUGACUUACUGUGUUUCAAAAUGGUAGUGUAUUCUGCGAGCAUGAAGCGUCGUUAACCCAAGGACAAACACCUGAGAAGCCAUGUCGUACUUUGUACCACCAUGCAACUAUGGGAUGGUAGAAUACGACCUCAGCCGGUCUGGACAAUGUCACCAGCUGAAUUUCCCCUUUUUGGAGCGACUUAACCUUAAGACCGUCAUUUACCUCUCCCAUGACGAGCCCUCUCAGCCGUUCUUGAGCUUCCUAGAGGAUCAAGGAAUUGCGCUAAUCCGGCCGUUAGGUUUGCACUCUGACAUUCCAGAAGCCAGUCCCAUGUCUGAAGCUGAAGUCCUAUUUGCUUUACAGGUUAUUCUUUCUCCUCAAUACUACCCACUUCAUGUGAUGUGCAAUUUCGGACGCCACCGGACUGGCACAAUUGUGGGUUGUUUGCGGAAGCUUCAGAGAUGGAGCUUAACGGCGAUAUUUGAGGAGUACCGACGUUACGCUGGCACCAAAGUCCGCAUGCUUAAUGAACAGUUUAUCGAGUUAUUCGACACUGACUUGGUUCGAAUUCCAGUGGACCGCCCAACAUGGUUUUGACAUCUCCCAAGCAGGAAUAGUACAUGCUUUCGUGGCGUUUUCAGUGAUCUCGCAAAGGAGUAGGCCAUAGCAAAAUAUAAAUAGGCAGGCCUUAACCCAGGAGAACUGUAAACGAGUGAUAUAAAAUGGCUUAAAUCGCGUAGCACUGUCUCGUUGAAUUCGCACAGUUGACUGUCACGCAGAAAUGCCAUUAUGCACAUUUUCCUUCUCUAUAUACAUAUUAUUCGUGGGUAGAAACGGAGGUACAGCUCUACAGAUUGAGACAUCAGGUCAUUACAGAAUGUAGCGCGGCUUGCCUUCAAACAUGAUCAAAUGUAAGCUCUCAGGUAGAACUUCAAUGACAUUAUCCUUUCAUUCAACCAAACA